CUUUGAGAAAGGAAACUGGUACUUAAAGACAUAUGCUCAAAAAGUUUAGACAGCAAUAUUUGUCUAUUGUUCUGCUAACAGUUAAACAUUUCUCUAGCACUGGAGUUAUACCCAUCACCAGGUCCUUGUGAACAUGAAAUGACUGAGUCAAACUAAGGAGGUCCAGAACGCUUUUCAUAAUCAAAAACUUGUAACAUUUUGUUAGCUUACAAGAGCAAAACUUUUAACAUUCUUGAAAAAUGGCUUUAGAGGCAUGUGGAAGUUGUUUGAGUUGUCUGCUGAUACCUCUUGCACUUUGGAGUAUUGUUGUUAAUGUCCUAUUAUAUUUCCCUAAUGGAAAUGCUUCAUAUGCCGCCAGUUUCCAGCUUCCCAACUAUGUGUGGUAUUUCGAAGGGAUCUGUUUCUCAGGUGUGAUGAUCCUUCUCUUGGCAGUAAUUCUCAUAACUCUGGAGUGUAGUGUGUUCCAUCAGUGCUGCCAGAGUGAGAGCUGUAAUAAAACCUACAGGAGUUUUAUUUCAAUUGUGUUAGCCCUGCUUGGAGUUGCUUUCUCUGGAUACAGUUGCAUCAUUUUUACCUUGGGGUUGAUCCAAGGCCCAUUCUGCAAUUCAUCAAAUGGAUGGGACUACAUCUUCAAAAAUACUGUUGGAGGGUACCUCACAAAUUACUCUGCUUGGUCUCAGUGCACUGAACCUGCUAAUGCAGUGGAAUGGAACAUCAUUUUACUCUCUAUUCUGAUAGCUCUUAGUGGACUGCAGUUGAUCAUCUGUUUUCUCAAAGUGGCUGCUGAGUUGAAACGGACACUCUGUGGGACCUAUUCUGUUUUUGUUCAGGCUGGGAUUCUCUGAAAAUGGCAAGGAAAUCAUUGCUUCUCCCCCACACGCACCAAAAAAAAAAAAGAGAGAAAUGGCUUCCCCAGCAUUUAAGAUGGCAGAUUUGGUUGCUGCAAAGACAAGCGAAAUCUUUGUCUUCAAUCUUUCUUUCUAGAAUGUCUGUAUUGUGGAAGAAGGUAUUUGAACUGUUUGAUGGCUAAAUGCUGGACGUCUGCAAUUUCCUAAAGAAAAGCUGUUUUCUAACCUGUCCAGUUGUCCAUGGCCAUGACUUUUUACCUUCCAGCUUGUUCUGACAACAGGGAGGUUUGAAUACCAUGGAACUACUUUUGUCCUAAGCCUGCCUUUUUUUUUUUUUUUUUAAAUAAACUGCUGUAAAACUA